CUUCAACACAUACCCGCUUCCCUCAUCAACACCACCUUCGCUUGUCAUACACUUCCGCUCUCAACACCUCAUCUCCUCAACUUGUCAUUGUGCAUGUCACCGAGCCCCCUUCAACACUACGGUCUGUGAUCGAGUUUAGUGCUCCCAUCUGUUAUCAUCAUCAUGACAUCUUGAGCCUCCAAAUCCACACUUUCCUGGUCGCUCAUUUCGAUUCCCUUACCAACUUUAACCACCUCAACUUCGUUCGCAGUAUACCUGUUGUUUCUUCUCAUUGCCAUUCCUCACAUCCUCGGCAAUCACUACCUGUCCUCUGAGCUGACUCGCUUGCUCCUACCACCUUGACCCGACUUCCACCGUCUCUCACUACCACCCCGCGUUCACGCCUGCCCAUUCAGCACAUACAUCACGUCCACCAGACGACACCCAUCCUCCAUGGCUAGAUGGCCUCCUCGGAGACAGGGUCAGGCUACUCGGUGACGCCCACUCAAGGCAGAGCUUUUGCUGCAAGGCCCCUUUCCAGAAAAAGCGAUGAUAUUACCUCCUCCCAUCGCCCCUCUUUCCAAGAUGGACGCUCGACAUCAGGCGGCACUCCGCACCCUGGUCAGAAAUCCUAUACAGGAACCUUGCCAUCCGCCGUCCAGCCCGGCAUGUUCAAUACGGAGAUGAGAAGUGCAGCGGCAAGAGCCACCCCACUCCCAGAGACCGCAGCUGCGAACUCCACUCGUCCAUUCCCCCAGUAUCAAGAUGCUGAUGCUGCCAAUCUGUCCGAACAACGCCAGGCUGCCGUUCGCGACAAGAUUGCCAAAGAGAUGAAGAUCAAACUCGGCACCGAGAACAUGUUGGAAGCUCUUCUGAGCAAAAACAAUAAGCAGACCAAGGAACAGCGUCAGCGUGUCGAGGUCGAACUCGGCACGUCAAACCGCAAGCUCGCAGAGUUGAAGCAUCAACUCGACCAGGAGAUCUUGCGUGCCCAAAGUCCUACCACCCCUCCCAGCAAGAGACAGUCCAGCUACUUUCGAGGAAGCCCACUAAAACCUCCCCCGCCGGCUCAAUCUGUCGAACCUUCUGACCCCCUCGACACUGAGAGCCCCACUGUCGUUUUGACUGACAUCCUCCAGCAGCUCGAGAUGGACGGCAUGCAGCCCGACUACUACAUCGAGCGCGCAAAUACCCUCGUCGACCUUCUCAAGCGGAACCCCACUCUCAAAUAUGAUCUCGCAUGGUCUGUCUUCAGCCUCAGAGUCCAGCUCAUGCUGCUCAGUGAGAGCUCAGACGUCGUCGCCGCCGGCUACAGACUCACGAGGCAUGCGAUUGCAGACAGAAAGUCAUUGCACACCAUUCGUGCUCUGCACACCGACGAACUCAUCAUUUUAUCUCUGGUCAAGAGGGAAAAGGCUGUCUUGGAAAGGGAGCAAGCUGUCAAGUUUGUACGGGCUUUCCUCGACGUCAAGGAUGGCGUCCACGAGAUCUCUCGUGCUGUCGUCCGCAGCUUAGUUGCCGUCGCAGAAACUUAUGACGACCGCCUCAAGGACAUUUGCUUACUCACGUUGGCCGAGAUCCUGACCAAGGACACCGAACUCCUCGUCUCCGCUGACGGAAUGAGCACUCUCACAGACGCCCUCGCCGACGGUACCUUCCCAGCCCCCGAAGGUCUCGUAGCCAGUUUUCUCCACAUCCUCGACAGCCCUCAUCAGCGGCGCUACCUACACACAGGCCGAGAAUUUGAAGCCAUGUUUGCCCCUUUUACCGAUCCCUUACUUCUAAAUGGCAACGAAGAAAAGCUCAAGACUUGUGCUCAGGCCAUUUCCGCCAUGCUGAAGACCUGGCCCGGCUUUCUCCUCCUCGCCGUCAACGGUGCAUCCUCUCUUCGAUCUCUCAUCGACUCUCUAGUCUACCCCAUCCCCUCAUCUCGUGAUACCGUCCUUGAACUAUUCUUUGACGUCCUCCGUAUCAAACCUCCAUCAUGGUCAAGCUCGUUCCUGGCUGGGCGGCGCCUCACAACAUAUGGUCGUGUCAACGCGAUGCCUGUUGACCCUCCGUCCCAGCGUCAGUUGGCAGAGUAUCAUGCUGAAGGCAGAUUCGAUCUCACCUACCAUUUCUCUGCUCUGGUUUUGGCCGCCCUCAUCAGUGCUGGCCUGAUACCCGCCUUGGUCGAAUUGGUUAAAGUCGAGGAGGACCAGACGUUGAAGAGAAAGGCAACACUUUUGCUGACAGAAGUCCUCAAAUUGGCUCAUCACUCACUUCCAGACUCGAUCAGCGCUCAGAUCCAAGUACUGGGCGAUCUUGUGCCCCUCGCCCAGGACACGGGGUCCGAGGAAUCGGCCAUCAACACGAGCAUGAUCUACCAGAUCGAAAGCAUCAAUCGAGUGCUCAAUAAGACUACAUCCUCCAAUUAUGGGCGCGUAUUGCCCGUUGAUGAGCUCGCCGUCGGCCCACAAGCCAUCGAACGAUCCAAAUACACGGUGCUCAUGGACGCGGACCAUUUCAGACAGGCCAUGAUCGACACUCAGGUUCCGGGGCAUUCAAACUACCUCAAGUGGAAAUGGGAAAUCAUUCACGGAUUGGUCGAAGGGCCGUUGUUGAACCCCAAGCGACUCGAAGAAGCCAUCAAAUACCCCAAAUUCCUCAAGAGGUUGAUUGGCUUCUUCAGACCGUUCAAGUACCGAUUCUCCAUGAUUCGUAAUACUCGACCCAAUCAACGCUAUGUGCGUACCGGUUGUGUGCUGGUGCGUACACUGACUCAGUCCGCCCUGGGGCUCACUUACCUUGCCGAGAAUAAGCUUCUUCGACAAAUUGCAGAGUGUCUGGCACAGGUGGACCCUCACAGCGGCCUCACAUCGGCCACGCCGUUGUUCGAUCAUCUUCAAAUGGCCGAAACCCUCAGCGGUGGAUAUUUUGCCAUGCUCGGUGCACUCAGCCAUAGCAACGACGGGGUGCGCCUGAUGGAGCAGUGGCACAUGAUGGACAUGUUCUACCACUUGAUAGAACUCAGGCAACGUCCAGACCUGGUCAAAGCCCUCCUGGGUAAUAUGGACUUCACUCUGGACUCGCACCUGCGUGUCAUUCUUUCCAAGGCACUGACUUCCAGUACCAAAGAGAUCCGGCUGUUCUCGACCAAGCUGCUACGACGGUAUGCUGUUGGCCGGGUGCAGUACUCGUCCGGCCUGCAAGACCCUGCCAGUUCCCACUGGGCCUUGCGCCUAGUGUUGACGCAACUGUAUGAUCCGGAUGUCGAAGUGUGUGAAGUCGCCAUCAAGAUCCUCGAGGAGGCGUGCAACCAACGCGGCCAACUCGAAUAUGUAGUCAAGUGCCGCCCGUCCCUGGAUCAUCUCGGGGAAAUCGCCGCACCGCUCCUUUUGAGAUUUUUGGCGACUUCUGUAGGCUAUCGCUAUCUCAGCGGUUUGGACUACAUUACCCAAGAAAUGGACGACUGGUUUCUGGGCCGCAACGACGCGUACGUCGCACUUGUCGAAGCCUCGAUCCUUCGGGCCUACCUGGACGGGAGCCUCAAGACCACCUUUCAUGAAGAUCCAGCGGUGGAGCCACAUGACAUUGGCAUUGCCCCUCCGCAUUUCUACCGAGAGCUUGCCAGGACAGAGGAAGGAUGCAGGCUUUUACUCAAGUCAGGCCAUUUCUACGAAUUCUCGUCUACUAUUCGGGAUUUUCACCUGGACGAAGAUGACCCAGAAAUGCUGAACAAAGUCAAAGGGUGUAUGUGGGCGGUCGGCAACAUCGGAUCGAUGGACCUGGGUGCGCCCUUCUUGGAAGAAGCUAAUGUGGUCACCGCGAUUGUGCGGAUCGCCGAGGGGGCCGAAGUCUUGUCCAUGCGAGGUACGGCAUGCUUUGUGUUGGGCUUGAUAUCGCGAACACUCCACGGGUUCGAGAUGCUGGCAGAAAAUGGAUGGGAGACAACGGUGGACCCGCGGGGACGAUCAUUAGGGUUUUGCAUUCCUCGUAACCUGGAGGCCCUAUGUUUGAAACCUGUUCCAUCGCAAUCAGCUCCUAUCACAACCACAGCACAGAAAGAGGAAGCAUAUCGGGCCGCCACCACCGAUGAAGACCCGAUCAAGGCAAAGAUAUUGAAAUCCCUGGUCGAACUCGGCAACACAGUCAUGUACAAGAAAGCGAGCGGAGAACUACACACGAUGAAGACGAAGCACCCGGCGCCAUUCGCAGACACGGACAUGUUCCGAAAGGCUCUGGCGAUCCUAGAAAGUCACCACUACCGGCAGCAGGCUCGACACAAGAUCUUGAACUUGUUUAGCCCUAGUGUUAUGAGACGAGUCAUUCUGGACGAGGAGAUGUCGGAAUCAACUGGUUCUGACACGGGGUGAUUGUCCUGACGUUAGCUCCCAUACGCGACAGAGGAGGUGAACAUGAGCAGAAUGCAGAGCACGUCACGAACGAGAACAUAAGCUUUGAAAGAUAGACGAGCUGGAAACUCGUUAUGAUGAUCGAUUUUAGAUGGUUUUGUCAGUGAUGGCGCACGACGGUGUGAGGCACUGGUUGUGGGUAUGGACAUUAUGAUAUGUUUGAGGUAUAUAUGAACAUCUGGCGCAGGAGAGGCAUGGCAGCUGGCUACGAUGCCUAUCUGGAUAUGGGUUCCAUCAAAAGGGAGGUCGGUUGCCUUUGGGUCUGUUUGAUUGGCGGUUUGAGCAGAGACAGUGUCAGAUGGGUAUACGUACUCUACACCACAAACGGGUCGUCGGGUGACCGAGAAUGGCUGGCAAGACGGUGGAUGGCGGAUGCCUCUGGAGGGAUGCCUGGCGUGGAAUCUUUAACAAGUAAAGACACUUUGAUGGCUUGAGCGCUACACAAACGUUGUGUCGAUGACACGUACAAGAGCCAUAUAUGAUAUUGAGUGG